UUCAGUUGCUCUCGACUUUUAAGCGUGUCAACAUGUGGCGGUAUUUUGCGACCAGUAACGUUUAACGGGAAAUUCUAACUAGAAAUACACUCUGAGUGAUAUACUGCGCUAUCUAUCUGCGUGCGUGCGAGUGUGUGUAAGAGCUGUGCCGUGCAUUCCUUUGCUAGAAAAAUAUGUGUGUGUUGUUGUAGUUGUUUUUUAUUACUUUGCUAAUGUGAAAUAUACCUGGUUCUCAUCUCAAGCCAGGCUAGUGAUGAAGAAGAAGCUGUUGUUGAAAAAGUAAUUCCAAAGCGAAGCAAGUGAUGGAAAACACAAAACAAACAACGGCAACCGUUACAAAAAAAAAGUAAAUCACACGAUAGAAUGAAAGGAUAACAUUUUAUGUACCAACACAACGACAGUGACGAAUGCCGUGUAGUGUGGGAGUAAAACCCAGUAAUAGAAUGUCAAAAUUGUUGUAAAAUUUACACGAGAAUAGCAACAAAGUAAAUAACGACAACAGCAACAACAACUACUACCAUUACUAAAAUAAAAGAAAGUAUCCUCCCAACGCCCCUUUGGCAUUCGAACAAUGGCAGUUACAAAUUGAAAAUAAUCGUGUCAGGUGGAUUGGAAUUUUCCAAAAAUACGCAAAAAAAUAGGAAAAUUUGUUCAAAGCUGGAAAAACGUAUGAACAAACAAUUAUUAAACAAUAAAGUGCAAAAAAAGUGUUAAAACGAGACAGAAGGAAAGUGUGAAAGAGAAAGCGCAAAAGGUGAAAGAUAAAUGAUAAGCCGUGAAAUAAAAAAGAAAAGUAAAAAUAUUUUUCAAUUCUUUUCUAAAAAAAGGUGUUGAACCCCCUCAUGAAAACUACUUAGCCAAGCAAGUUCGGCGAGUGGCGGAACUUUUGCGGAAACCCCCAAACAAAAGUGAAAAGUUGUUAAAAGUAUUUAAGGCGCAUUAAAAAAAAGUGUUUGGAAACUUUUUCUGUUGGUUUUUGUUGUUGUUUUUAAAUACUCUCGACUAAUAAACAAAGGAUUAAAUUAACAUUACCGUUAAAUGGCAUUGUGUUGGUGGUGAUGUUGGAUUUUCUUUUAUUCCAUUGUUGUUGCUGCCGCUGCUGCUGCUGCUAUUGUGAUUGCCAUCAAAAAUAAUCCCAACCACACACACACACACAGACAGACAAAAGAAGUUCUGAAAAGCCGAGCGGAUUAAUUUUAAUUAAAUAAUAACACAAAAAAAGCCGUUACAAUAACCGUUUAAAUUAACAAAAGCCAAGCAGACGGAGAGGAGGAGAAGAAGAAACAGAGGACAACAGCCUGUAGCAGAAAGGCAUAACGGCUGGAAGUCAUAACAAAAUCUUGGAAAAAAAUAAGGCAGAAUAUGGAUGUGGUAGCCAAACCGAAUCAAAUGGACUCAAAUAAAUCGAUGACAAAUAGCGGGGGAGGCGGCAGUCUUGGAAGCGGAGGGUCUGGAGAAAAAACAAAAAUGUUGGACAUUACGCGAGAUCGGCCGGUAAAGGUGGCGGUUAAGGUGGCAGUGCCCGUCAGGGACCAUCCAAAGUUCAAUUUCGUUGGCAAAUUGCUGGGACCCAAAGGAAACUCCAUGAAACGUUUACAGGAAGAGACCAUGUGUAAAAUGGCUGUACUCGGUCGUGGUUCGAUGCGAGACCGUAAAAAAGAGGAAGAGUUGCGCGGCAGCGGUGACAGUCGUUAUGCCCAUCUCUUCGAAGAUCUGCAUGUGGAAAUUUCAACAUUUGCUGCACCGGCGGAAGCCCAUGCUCGCAUCGCAUAUGCUUUGGCGGAAGUACGAAGAUUUCUGGUGCCGGAUUAUCACGAUGACAUACGACAAGAGCAAAUGUGGGAAAUGCAGGCACUGACCACAUCCACCAAUCCCAAUGGCAAUGGCAGCAUUAAUAACAUCAACAGCGGCAAUUCUAGUGACCAGGAGCUGGCAUCGAGUCCAAAUCACUUGAUCGAGGGCGGCAUCACAGAUAUGGACACAUCGAAUGAUGAAAAAUCCGAAGAAUCGACGGGCAUGGAUUGUUUGGCCAAUGAAAAGUUGGAUAGAUUGAGGGGACCCACCAGCAAUGGCAUGACGGCGGCCACGAAUAUGGUGGCAGCAAAUUUGGCGGCGGAUCCCUUGAAGUUGGGGGCGAAUGCGGCACCAAUCCAUCAUCCCUGUGCCAUGACCGUAACACUGCAGCAACAAUUGUCGGCCGUGGCUGCUGCUGCAGCAGGCAUGGGUGGCAUUUUGAAGCCCUCGCCGGCUGCCAUCAGCGGCCUGGCUCCCACCCAACCCACAACUGGUUUGACAUUACCUCCCACAGAGACAGAUCCUACGGCCGCCUCGGCCUUGACUUUUUUAGAAACUUCGGGAACACUGCUUCAUCCUGCCCUGAGAAAUGUCAAAGCGAUUAAUAUUGCUGGUAAUCUAACACGCAAACGCCCCCUGCUGGGCGUGCCACGCUCCAGUAUGAAUCCGACCAAACGCACGGUUAUGACACUAUUAGCUAGAACCAAAAAUGCCCAGGCCCUGCAUGCGGUACGUAAUCCGGUCACAACACCCACACCUACACAUUUUCCGGAUUAUUCCAAUUUUAGUCCAUUGCAAAUGUUGACGUCGCCGUUUAUAAUACCGCAUCAUCAUCAUCAGGCCAUGGAUCAUCAUCAUCAUCAGACAAUGUUGCCACUGUCUAAGGAAAGUUUAAGUCAAGGAGUUUAAAGUGAGUUGCUGAGGAAGAAGAAGAAGAAGUUGGGAAAUGACACAGGCAGACAGACAGACAUACUCACCUUGCCACAACUAUCCUAAAGAAUGAUGAAAAGGAAUGAAUGGAAGAAAUAAAACAGAGAAGUAAACCCCCCGCCUCCUUAUAACUACAAAGUAGAUAUAACACACACACAUGUUUAUACACACAUACAUACAAAACAUAUGUAUAUGCAUAUGUUCACAUGUAUGUUCAAGUUCAAACGAAAACCGCAUCUUUGAGCAAAAGCAAUGUCUCUUAUACAAACAAAAACCAACAACAACAACAACCCAUAUUUAUUAAUAAUUAUUUUAUACAUUAUUUUAUCUUUAACGUUAACAUUGAUAACAAACAGACAAAAUAUUACAUAUAAAUAUAAGAAAAAUAUUUACAUAUUUACAACAAAAACAAAGAAACAAAUAUAAAGAAGAAGAAGAAGAAAAACCAUAACGAAAAAAAUAACAUGAAAUUUAAGAAAAUUGAUUUACUUUACGAACGAAGAUAUUUAACAAAGUUAGAUGGAAGGAAAGGCGUAGACGGUCGGAUGAUGAAGGACAUCAAGUCGUUACAGAACAAGUGUUAAGAAUUAGGAAAAUACCAAAUUUAGGGACUAAACUUACAUUUUAAGAUUAAAGCAAAAAAAAAACUGAAAUAUUUCCAAGAAAAAAAAAAAAAGAAAACACAAAAUAUAUUCAAUAAUUAUCUCAAAAUAAUAUUAAUAUAAUAAAUAAAUUACAGUGUAAACACCAAGCAAAAAUGAGACAACACAAAAAAAAAAUCCCAUAAAUCCUCUAAUUAAAACGCCUCUCCAUCAAAUGUCACAUUAAAGCACAUUUAACCAAGGUUUAAAACAUGUUUACUUAAAAUAAUCCAGUGGAUUUAAAAUGUCGUUUCCAUUGCUCAUACGUCAGUGCUGCUGAAAAUAUUAUAAAUUCUUAUUUUCUGAACUAGUACUAAAAAUUCAGCAUUUGAUAAGUUGUUUGACUGAAACAUGGUACAAUUAAAUCAAGGUAACCUCAUUUCAAAAAAAAAAAAAAAAACAUCCAGCUCUGCAUUUUUCUGUAAUUUACCUUGUCAAAUUUAACUUUAAUGAAUAAAAAUUUUAAUCUCUGAUUGUGAGACGUUGUCAAAUGUAUAAUUUUGAAAAAAUUGCAAACAUAUGGCUGCAUGACGUUACCUUCUUAAUUUUACCAGGGCUGAGAAGAAGAGCUGAACGAACUGUUACUUACUUUUAACCUUCACUGCAACAUUAAACCCUUAAACUUUAGCCCCUGACCAUGGUAGAAGAAUAUAGGUAGACGCGUCGACACAGCUGCUGGGACAAUGAACUGUCAAUCCAAUUUUGGAAUUGAAAAUGUUGAAUGAAAAAUUAUUUAAAUUUAUAAAAAUUGUUGAAAACGUGGAUUAUAAUAGCCUCCGACUGACGUAGUACAAGAAAACAUAUAAAAAUCUACUUAUAAUUGAAAAAACAUUUAAAUUUUUUUUUGACAUAUCAAUGAUCCCAAGCGUUUAUGCAUCUGCCCGUAUUUUUCUACCAUGCCCCUGACACUAUUGAAUUAACAAUUAAUACCUUUACGUAUACGUCAGAUGAAAUACACGGUAUUUGAGAGUAGAUUUCAUUUGACAGACGCAAUGAAAUUUGCACUGGAUUAAGUAAAUGUAAACGUACUUAUACUCAAUGUAAUUGAUAUUUUUAACUGUCUAGAUUUUAUUUAUAUGUUUAUAAUAUUUCAAGGGUACCAUGGUAGUAGAAGAUAGGUAGACGCGUCGACACAGUCAAACCAAGUUUGGAAUUAAAAAUGUUGAAUGGAAAAUUAUUUAAAUUUGUAAAAUUUUCUGAAAAACAGGAAUUAUAUAUUUGAAAAAAAAAAAAAAAAAAACAUUUAAUUUUUUUGACAUAUCAAUGCUCCCAAGCGUUGAUGCAUCUACCUGUAUUCUUCUGCCAUGAAGGGUACAUUAUUAUGGUAGAAGAAUACAACGCUUGGGAACAUUAAUAUGUCAAAAUGUUUAAAGUGUUUUGUAAAAAAUAAGUAGAUCUUUAUAUGUUUUCUUAUACGACGCAAACCGGAGGUUGUAAUGAUGUGUAUUUUUCAACAAUUUUUCAUUCAAGAUUUUCAAUUCAAAAAUCGGUUUUACAGUUCAUUGUCCCAGCAGCUGCAUCGAUGCGACUACCUACAUUCUUCUACCAUGAUUAUCAUAUACGAUUAUACAAUGUUCACACAGGAUUGUUUCUAUUUUUUUAUAAAUCCAUGGCGAACGCUACAACAUGCAACAAGCAACAUGAAGCAAUCAUAUGUUUAUUUAUUUAUUUUUUUUUCAAAUUAUAAUAUUUACAACAAUUUAUUGCCAAAAUGGAUAUUUAUAAAUCCAUAAAGUGACAUUUUACAAGGUAUAGUAAAAAAAUGUAAAGUUGAAUAUUUUCAUUCCAAAUGAGGUUACCUUGAAUUAACUGUACCAUGAAAACGAUGUCAUGUUCACACAGCCUGGUGAUUUGUCUUCUUUAUUCUAUGUUUGUAAAUUCCUGUUCUAUGAAUUGACUUGAAACAACUCGUGGAACAAUAAGAAGUCAAAGCAGGGUCGUAAACGACUGAAAUACAUCCGUGAGGAUAUACCCGCAUCUAAUUAAAAGGAAUAAAUUGUUCUCAUUUAUUUAUUUUUUUUUCUUUUUAAAAUGGACGAAAAAACGCGAAAGACGAAUGAAAUGCCUAGAUUUUCUUCCAAAAGUAUUAACCAAAUUUUUAAAACUGGUAUUGGCAUGGUACAAUAAAAAGGUAAGGUAAAGCUAUCAGCUGUUUACAAUUUUUUUAAGUGUGCCCGACUUCUGCCUAUUUUGUGUAUGUAUUUUCAAAACCAAGACAUGUACAUUGCGGCUCGCGUAUUAAAGUUAUUAACCAGCUUAGCCAUGAAAUUGAAAGAUUGAACAGUUUGGAUCAUGUUUUUGAGAGAAAAUCCGUUCAUUUAAUUCAUUGUUCGGGCUAUUUGACUCAUUAAAAUAUGAGGGAAAGUAUGAAAAAAUGAAAAUAUAAAAUUUUGAAUGAGUUUGACAGAAAGCGGGCAUAGCCUCAGCGCUGUAUUUCUGUAGUUUUACGAAGCUGUUCUACCUCCUUAUUAUACCAUGGGUAUUGGUUUCAACAAUUAGCAUUCUGUGUAAAGGAAACUAAAGGAACUAAACCUAGUUCCUCUUCAGAAAAGGAACGAGUAUAGAUUUUGUUAUAACACUUUUUUAAUAUUCGAAAUAAGAAAACACCAUCUCACCUUAACUUUGUUUUAGCAACUGCAAAAAUCGACUAGCUUUGAUUUUUAUUGUAGUAAUAUUUUUACAUUCUUGCAUGUUAUGAAAAAAAUCAUAUAUGUAUUUUUUUAUAAAUUGUGACAAUUGUGGUCCUCUAAUCACUCAUACACACAGAAAUCUCCAACUAACCCAAUCAAAUUAAACAACCUUCAAAUAUAUAAAUAAAGAAUCUGGUAACGAAAUUACUUUAAAAUUACUUUAACAAUGAGAACAAAAAAAUGUAAAACAAAACUGAAAACUUAAACACAAACAGCAAAGCAAAAACAAAACUAAAUACAAAUGUUUAAAUAAAAUUAAAUACAAAAUAGAAAAAUUCAAAACGAAUUUAAUUGCGCAUUCAAAAUAAACAACAAAGAACAAGGAUUAACAUUGAUGAUGAUAAUGGAAUAAAACAAAUGGGUCAUUUAAAAAAGGGUUCGUUAAAAUAGAGGUUUCAAGCAGAUCUAAACAUGACAUGAAAAUCAAAACAUAAUUAACAAAUAUUUAAAAAAAAAAACCAACACAACAAAAUACAUAUAUUUAUUUAAAUACAUAUUUUAUUUAAAAACAAAACAAAAUGUUUACACCAUGACAACAUGGACAACUGUUGAUCUUGUACUGAAAUGAAAUACAAAAUAAAUUUGAACUAAAAGAAAAACAAAAUAAAUAAAAUAAACUAAAACCUCUUUGGAUCUCUUGAAUAUGGAUGAAGGAAAACGUUUGUGUAUAUUUUGGCUUUAGUAUUUUUUAAUUUUUGAGGACUCAAAAAAGGUAUUUUAAACAAAUAAAUUUAGAACAGAUUUUCAUUUUUUGUUUUGUGUUUUUUUCUACUCUUACAUUAUUUAGCAUUAAAGAAUAACACCAAUAUUUUGUAUUUAAAAAAUAAUAAAAUAAGGUAUAAAAUUAAUAAAUGUUACUUUAUUUAUAACAAAUAAAUUUAAACAAAAAAAUAUUAUCAAAAUCCCAAAACAACAGAAUAUAUUAAACAAGAUUUUUAAAUAUAAACCAUUAAUAAUAAAUAAAUAAAAAAAGAAACAAAGAAAAAUAUAUUAAAUAUAACUUUAUCCACCAAAGAUCAUUUGAAAGGAAAACGAAUAAGUAACAAAAUACAAUUUUACCAUACCUGCAUACAUGUCAAACAACCUAAACUUGCCACAAAAAUGAAAAAUAAAAAAAACAAUAAGAAAAAAUAUCUGAAUAAAAAUAAAUCCAAUUUACACACAAAACCCCAAGUCGUUGUUAAUUAUAUACAGAAAAAAUAUACUAUGUAUUUUAAUAUAUUUUUUUUUUAGUUUCUCUUUAAAAACAAAUAUUAAUUUUGAUAAAUCUAGGUUUGCCAACCAUAAUGGCUGUUAUCCGUUGUUUACGACGCAUAACGCCGUUUUUGUGUUUCCACAAAACAUAACCUAAAAUUAAUAACCCUAAGUCUAAACCCAAACACUUAAAUCAAAUACUUAAACCUAAAUGUGCUAAAACUUAAACAAUGAAAAAAAAAACAAUAUGUUUAAAUAAAUGGUAAUUAAAAACCAAAACAAAACCAAACAGCAACAACAUUUACACUUAAUCAAAUAAAGUUCUAAGCAUUGGCUCGGGCAAAUGUUUCAAUUUUUUGUCAGUGUGCUUUGCUUUUAAACCGAAAACAAUUAAAUAAAAUUUAAUAUUAAAAAUAAAUAUAUAUACAUACAAAGAAAUAUAAACGUAAAUUAAACAUCAAAAGGGAAUAAAUUUAAAUAAACAAAAGCUGAAAGGCAAA